AUGGAGCAUGAACCAGAGACGUUGGCAUCGCUGCUGGCUGACUGGCUGGCAGAGCGCUUCAAAGAAGAACGCUCUGUAGCUGAAAGCAGACACGAGGCUGUGAUCGCUGACAUGCGUAAGGUGUUCGCCCCCAUUGAGACCAAUGGGGGCGUUGAUGUCAGUGCGAGCCUUGAUGUGAGUGCGAGCCUCGGGGCCGAAAUCGCCGAAAGCACCAUCAUAGAACCAGAGUCCGAGGACGUACCUCCACCCUACGUGCGGACAAGGCUUAAGAUGAAGAGGUCAUUCGCAAUAGGAAAUCUUCGACGUGCAGGGACACAUGGAACGCUUGGCACUUUCUCGAGCAUGGCCAGUGCCAGUGCAAGCCGAGCUGGUCAGCCGACCCCUCUCUCGUUGAAAGACUCCCUUUCGGUCGCGAAAGGGGCUGGGCUUCCCAUUUGGCAUCCGUCCGCUAUGGUGCGUUCUUAUGGCUUUGAGCUAUUCUUUGCCUUUCUGAUCUUGCUGCAGUCUAUCACCAUGGCAAUCGAAGUGCAGUACACUGGGCUACAGUGGGGCUUCGAGCUGCAGUAUGCAGGGUAUGACGUUCCAGCUUCCCAGGUAUGGCAGCAUGUGCCGAGUUUUAUUCAAGGGAUCGACGUGUUUUUCGGCAUCCUAUUCACAAUCGAGGUCGUGCUGAAGACUGCCGUUCUGGGGCGCAGCUACGUCAAGGACGCCUGGUCUUGGUUUGACAUCGUGCUGGUUUGCCUGUGGUGCUUGGAUUCAGGACUAUCUCUUUUGCCAUUAGACAGCCCCACUCUUCGGCUAUUGCGACUGAUCCGGCUCAUACGGCUGGUGAAGUUGGUACGGGCCGUCCAGGGCUUCGACUCUUUGAUUAUCAUGACUACUGCCUUGAGGGACUCUGUGAAUGCCCUGUUCUGGGUCGCCAUGAUCAUGCUUGUGGUCGAGAUGAUGUUUGCCUUACUCUUGAACCAGGUGUUGAUGAGCCUUGUUCAAGCAGGCUUGCAGCUUUCAGCUGAGGACGAGAAAACACUCUUCGAGUACUUUGGUACUUUUCCCAGGUCCAUGCUGACCAUGUUCCAGUUCACACUUGGGACUUGGGUGCCAGUGGCUCGCAUACUGCAGGAGGUGGUAAGCCCAUACUUCAACAUCUUCUCGCUCCUGCACAAGGUCACCGUGGGUUUUGCAUGCAUCGGAGUUAUCAACGGGGUGUUCAUGCAAGAAACGCUCAAAGUCGCGCAGUCGGACGAUGUCAUCAUGAUGCGUGAUGUAGCAAGACGAGAGAAAAUCCAUGCUUCCAAAAUGAAAGAUUUCUUUCGAUAUGCUGACCACUCGAAGGACUAUGUCAUAACUCGUGAGGAAUGGCAGCGUGUGAUGGAAAGUACUCAUGCUCAGCACUGGUUCGAAGCUCAGGGCCUCAAUAUGGAAGAUGCCAACGCCGUCUUCAGGUUACUUGAUAAGGACGGCAGCCAGAGCAUCACGAUGGACGAGCUUAUCAAGGGCGUCAACCAGCUGAAGGGUCCUGCUCGAAGCCUUGACCUUCUUAUGAUGACUGAGCGCAAUGCUCAGCUCCUGUCACAGGUGACAGGCCUCAUUCAGAAUCACGCCAGGAAGGCACCCGGUUCCCCUACAGGCACCAAAGGGCCGUCUCAGACAGCCUCUGGUUUUCAGGUGUAG